UACAUCAUUGGGAUUGCAUGAUAUAGAAACGUUACUAGGUACUAUUUACCAAAUAAUUGUUAAUAAUACAACAACACUCUCAUCACGUAAUGUUAAUUCAAAGAUGCGUGCCAAAACGGAAGUAUAAAUACAAAAUAUACGGCUGAGGCGGUUGCUGGGGUCACGAAAGUUCAUCCUAUUUUGAAUGUGUGUGUAUGCACAUCUGUUAAGUGAUCGACAAUCAUGUCUACGUGUGUUUGAAUCGACCGCUGAUGGUAAAACAAUACAACUGUGUCAAAAACAAUGGACAGAUUGAAUUCCGAGCAGACUAGACUGUCAGAGGAAAUGUUAUGACCCUAUCUACAAAGUGUGAAGCCAGCUUUUACCUGGAUUUUGGAUCUAACUAAGCGACCAUGAUGAUGACGAGUGUGGCUGAUACGGAGACCAGUUAUCGACAGCGUGGACAUGCGUCUUCAAAACUUGGUGCCAAUCCACGUGCCCUCAGAGAUCGAUCGAACAGACUAUUAGCGAAGGAAAUUCAGACAAAACACGGUCUGAAGAUUUUGCCUGAGAGACCUGGCUCCAAAGAUCCAGUUUCUGGCGUGAAACCUGAUCUACGAAGUCGUUCUAUGUUACAUAUAAGUCCCACUGAAGCUACCCCAGAUAUAAAAGGAAACAAAUCCGGCGACUUUGGCCAGAAGAGCAAUAUUAUAUACGGAAAAGCAGCAUUUUGUUUGCAACAGAAGCGUUGUGAUAAGAAAAAAGACAUAAGUUAUUCUAAUGUUGCUGACGGAAAGUCUUUAUCUUCUAAACAUAGGAUCGGUGUUUCAAAAAUACGCAACGACGAUCAUGGAAGUGUGGCCAUAGACUGUCGCCAGAGAGCAAUACAAACGAAUCAAAACACUGGGAAAGAUCUUAAGGGAAACAAGGCUACUUACACUGUCUCAAUUAAAUCCACAGAUAGACGUGAAUUUAACACCACCCUCACGAAAAAAGGAAGGAAUCGUUCCAUAGUAUCAAUACAUACCGCAGGAAGUGACAACAGCAGCGAAAAAUUCAUAGGCACGCAGAGGACGCAAAAAAAUCAGAAAUCUAUCACCAAUGUGACGUUAUCUACAGAUGCCGUUUCUAUAAGAAAUGGCUCUAACGUAUUACGUAAGUCUGUGACGUCAGUUGGAAGUGCUUUAUCCAAGCGUCAGAGUUCGGACGCCACCCCUCAUUUCAGUAGGCGUGUCUUUGUGUCAACUAAACACGUUGGGGUUCUUAAGGAUGGCACCCAGAUACAGAGAGGUGCGCGGCGUUCAACAGGUGAUACCGCGGGGUCAAGGGUUAUCAAAAAGGACUUCACGGGGUCAAAGAUGAUGGCAACAAAGAAAGAUAAUAGUGACAAAGAUGACAUAAACAGUUUAUACAAACAUAGGACGAAAGUAAAAUAUAAAGAUAAAAACACGGAGAGUGUACAGGGCUUUGACUUAAAAGAAGCAACAUGGAGGAAUGCCAAUAAUUCGGCAGAUAACACAUUGGAAAGUUUGUCAGAUGGAACUGUAGAGGUUUCUAAAUCCGAGUCUAAUUGGAAAGACAUUGAUUCGACCACUGGAACGGGGCUACGGCGCAGACGAUCUCUCAUCCCACGUGUACGUUCAUCAACACAACGCGCGAACGGCACGGGCGAUUGUGAUCGAAAUGAUACAAAUAAGCAGGGGUUACUGCAAUCUAGUUCAGCCGUGCGAGGUGCAGUGUUAUCAGUGAGAGCGAAAGUUUACACCAACGGAGAGGGGCAUGCAAUUACGGGCCACAUGGAGAUACCUGGUCAGUCUUAUAGUGACCAUGGCGAGAUUGACCGCUAUAGUCUAGACAGCCAGAAUUCCCUUAGUAUCAUUGCACGGGAACGACGAAAGUCAUGCCCCGUGUUUACCGAAAAGGGGAUAAACAGCACUUGUAAUAUCGACGGGAAAAAGAAAGGGAGAUAUAUCAAGAUUGUCAACAAAAGCACCAACCAUGGAGCUACAGACAAAUGUUCUGAUAGUGCAGACUCUAUUUUACAUACUCUUGAUUCAGUUGUCACCAAUUUAUCAGAGACAGGUUCCCCUGAUAUCCGGAAGUUACGUCACAGUUUGUCUAAGAUCCCCACGCCGACGAGUGUAAGACAGACUUCGCGUACGUCAACGUUGUCAGAAAGUCUUAGUGAUGAAGUGUGUAAGCUGGAGAAAUUUAACUACAAUAAAACAGACGGUAAUGUGGCCGUGAAUACAAACACAGGUAUCGCGGCUUGUACAACAGACGGUGCGGGAACCUCAAAAUGUGCAGCGGAAGCAGCAACAGAACAAGGAGCAGAUCGAUACACACGGUAA